GCUUUUAUAGUAGGUAUUAUUGAUAUUGGAGUAUAUAUAUAAUAUUGAGACAUACAAUUUAUCCAACACAAAGGAAGAGCAGAGGAGGCACUUCCUACUAACAAGUGCAGAAGAGGAGAUGAAAGGAGGAGAUGGUUUCAGAACAACUGGAAAGAAAAUCUCUGUGGCUCUGCUUGCUCUGGUUUUGAUGACCUUAUUGCUUUGGGAUUGGGAGACCAAUCCUUUUGUUUAUACACAUGUAUCAACCCAAUACCAGUCCAACACACCUCCUGAGCCUAUGGAGCCUGCUGAGACGAAAACUGAUGGAAAUAAGUAUCAAUCACUUGAGAAAGAAGAAGGGAAAGAGCCAAUGGAAAAUGGUGAUGAUUUUGAAGCUGAGAUGAUAGAUGGUAGCUUUGUAAAUGAGACAGCCUCAGUCGAUACAAAAGUCUGUAAUUAUGCAAGAGGUAGAUGGGUUGCUGAUAGCAGGCCGCCUUUAUAUGCUGCUCAAUGCAAGUAUAUGGAAAGGAAGUGGGCAUGCAGACUCUCCAGUCGAACAGAUUUCUCCUACGAAGGUUAUAGAUGGCAGUCCGUAGAUUGUCAAAAGCCAGAAUUUGAGGCCUCUCAUUUCUUGGAAAGGUAAGCAGUUUAACGCAAACACACACA